AUGGCGGCCACCAGCCAUACGACCACCGCCCUCCUGACCGAACACUUCCGAUACACGCCUCUCACCCUGCUAGACGACAUCAUCAACACGGUCAACGAAUUGGUCUUUCGCGCGGUCAAUGCCAUUGAAGAUGGAUUUGGGGGAACUACAGCAGAGCAGCUAGGAUUUACUCUGGACAGCGCCGUCUCCAAGUCCCUGCCAACCGAUCAAGCGCGACGAGAUGCGCUGGCAGAACUCAAGCAAAAUGAAAUCGACAACGGCAUCGUCAAGCUCGAGAGCUUGCUGAACGCGACCGUGGACAAGGACUUUGACAAGUUUGAAAUCUWCACGCUACGAAACAUCCUCGCCGUCGGACACGAUGAGGAAGAUGUCGCCAAUUGGGUGCGUUUGGAUCACUACCGGGGCGUGGACGUCGCGGACGCCGAAAAAGUGCCCUYUCCCGAACAAGUCCAAUUGCAGCGGCGGAGAUUGAGCGAGACGGCGAAAUUGAACACCUUGCUGAAAGCGGAGGAAGCGAAGAAUGCUGCCGUGCUUGCACAAUUGAGUGCGUUGAUUGGCGCCGAGACGAAAGUCGAUGGGGUAGAGAGCGCGUCGCCGUUUGCGUUUUUGAAUCCUUCUGCGAAUUCUGCGCAGUCGCAACAAUUGACGCAGGAUACGAAAUAUGCAGUUAAUCAGAUCCCGGCGUUGCGGAGAUUGCURGCGCAGUUGAAGGAUGCUAUGCAGACUAUCCCCAAAACUCGGAAUAUGCGGCUUGAUGAGGAGGAGUCUGUUGAGGGGAGGAGGAGGCGCUAUCUGGAUCAUCAGAGUCGACGUGCGCUGGAGAGGAAGGGGAUUGAUGUGGAGAGUUCGGCGGGUGCGUCCUUUGCGGCUGGAAGACGGAUGGGAAAAGACGAGUUGGAAGGAAUUGAAAAGGUUGCUCAGGCACUUGGUGGUGCGGAGGCAAAGCCUUCGGGUAGCUCUUGA